UUCCGGGGUCAGAUGUCACUUCCGCCCCUCUCUGGUGAUGCCGUCAGUUCCGUUCCCCUCCCGCGGCGCUGCCCGGCUCCUGACGCGGCUUCCGGUCUGUCCUGCCCGAGUGGAUCCGGAGACUCCGGCGCUGGGGAGCCGGCAGCGGCCGGAGCAGAUCCUGACCAUGACAGAUGGGCUCAUGAGCAAAGCUGCCACCAUGGAGAUCCCCAUCAACGGAACCGGGGACACAGGGAGCCUGCCGGAGGACGAUGGCCUGGAACAGGACCUGCAGCAGGUGAUGGUGUCGGGGCCCAACCUGAAUGAGACCAGCAUUGUGUCGGGGGGCUACGGGGGCACCGCCGAGGGGAUUAUCCCCACCAGCACUGUCAAAGGCCCUGCGGUGCAGUAUAACACCUCCUUCCCGGGACUGCGGCUCCUCCAUGCACAAGGCUCCUUUGUCACAUCUCUUUCCUCCCGAGGACCAUCCAUCUCACCCAGUGAAUCUGCUGCCAGCCGGAUUGCCAGCCAGGCAGAUGCAUCAGCAGGCUCUGGGCUGCACCCACCCCACCCCAGCCCCUUGGCGACAGGAGACGAGGCCGCCCGGGGCAUCGCUGUGGAGAAGUUUGAUAUUGUCAAGAAAUGGGGCAUCAACACAUACAAGUGCACCAAGCAGCUGAUCUCGGAGCGCUUCGGCCGGGGCUCGCGCACUGUGGACCUGGAGCUGGAGACGCAGAUCGAGCUGCUACGUGACACGAAGCGCAAGUACGAGUGCGUGCUGCAGCUGGCGCGGGCGCUGACCCACCACUUUUACAGCCUGGUGCAGACCCAGCACGCCCUGGGCGAUGCCUUCUCUGACCUGAGCCAGAAAUCCCCCGAGCUGCAGGAGGAGUUUGGCUGUAACGCAGAGACGCAGAAGCUGCUGUGUAAGAAUGGAGAGACCCUGCUCGGGGCGGUCAACUUCUUCGUCUCCAGCAUCAACACUCUGGUGAACAAGACUAUGGAGGACACGCUCAUGACUGUUAAGCAGUACGAGACGGCCAGGCUGGAGUACGACGCCUACCGCACAGACCUGGAGGAGCUGAGCAUGGGCCCGCGGGACACCACCACCCUGUGCCGCCUCGAUGCCGCCCAGAGCCACUUCCAGAGCCACAAGGAGAAGUACGAGAAGCUGCGGGCCGACGUGGCCAUCAAGCUCAAGUUCCUGGAGGAGAACAAGAUCAAAGUGAUGCACAAGCAGCUGCUGCUCUUCCACAACGCUGUCUCUGCCUACUUCGCCGGCAACCAGCAGCAGCUGGUGCAGACCCUGCGGCAGUUCAACAUCAAGCUCAAGACGCCGGGCGCAGAGAAGCCCUCGUGGCUGGAGGAGCAGUGAGCGGCCUGAACUCUGAGCUCUGGCCCAGGGCCAGGCGCGUGUGGGCAAGGGGGGCCCAGCUGGGGCUAGUGAGACAGGACCCCCACGGAAGCCCCAAGGCCUGGACCCCGGCUGGGUAAAUGAGGUAUCUCUGCCUCGGGCGGCCCUGGGCUCUGUGCCCUGGGGGCUGGAGAGGGUCCCUGAGCUGCCGCAGGGCUCCCGCAUCUGCACCUCUGCCCUGCAAGUUCGGUGCCCCCAGCCUGGGCUGCUCAUAGGAGUGCAGUGCUUCAGUGACCCCCCACCCAAUGCAGCUGCAGGGCAACAGGGGUCACUCAUCAUCCCCCAGCCACACUCCGGGGAGUCCGGGGAGGCCGGUGUGUCCUGUCCCCAACAACAGGCCUCAUUCCCUGGGCGGGGGGCAGUCCCGUCCCCCACCGCCCCACAUGGGCCUCACUCCUUGCAGGGGCGGGGGGAGUCUGUGCUAUUCCCCCUCUCCCAGCCCUCUUGGGAGGGGCAGCGUUUCCCUUCCCACUUCAAGGCCUUCUGGGGAGCAUGAGGGAGCAGUGUCUCCUGUCCUGCCCCCGAGGGCCUCACUCCUUACAGCACCGGGGGUGCAGCCCCCAGGCCUCAGUGUU